AUGGGUGUGAACACAGGCGACGUGAUUGAAGUAUCUCUAGUCCCAGAAUGGGCUAAAUCUGUCCAGAAGGUGGAAUGGAGACAGAAACUUCAACAACACAACGGGAAAUACUACCGUCUCUCUUUCGUCAAUAAAACGAAUACCGAACCAGAGAGCUCGGGCCUUAUCUUCAUCUCAGAGGAGAAGGCAGAAGCUUUUAAAGCUCUCGAUCAGGACAAGACAGACAAUGACAAAUGCACUGUUACCGUGUCGGUCGAUUCCUUUUUGUACGGGCAGAAGAAAGGUGGAAAGGGCCGCUUCCUCGUGUUCCAUGAUAAGACACGAGACAUCUUUCAGCAUCGCUUUACGGAUGGCGCAAUUGCGGAUGCUUUGAAGGCCGCGCAAGAUGUAUUGACAAAGCUUGGUUACAACGAGCUCAAUGCUGUGACCGACGCUAUCAAGGGCACCUGGGGAGAUCGGUUGGAGCCAUUCAAGCCCCUAUGA